UAGUCUACUCUAGUAAUUUUUGAACAUAGUGUGUUGUAAUGACUGCGUAUUUAAAAUCAGCCUGAGUCAGGAAUUCAGGUUAAGGGAAAAAUCUUCAAUCUUUAUUGAAAUGAAGAGGUGAAUAAGGGUUGCGAUAGCAAUAUGGGCAAGAAAGAUUGCGAUAGCAAUAUGGGCAGCUGCGACAGGAAGCCAUCUAACAGAGGGGGAUCUGAGCUGAAAAGCCGUGGCAAUGGCAAUGUAAGCAGUCUCUACUUCCCCUUCCUUUUCCACUCCCCUGCCUCCACCCACCAAAAUCGUCAUUUCCUAUACAACACAUCAGGACUUGCACAAAGAGUGGGCGGGGCCAUUCUUUCUCCAAGCAUAUAUAUUAAUAGAGUAUGGUCCAAUUACUAUUUAGCCUCAUGUACUUGGGACCUCAGUGCAUCAACUCAAGCCUCAGCUCCUUACAGUGUGUGAGUAACUCAUAUAUAGAAACUACCUCACUUGUUAAGUUUGUAUCCCCAGCACAGGACACAUAGUAAGCAAUUAAAAGAAUUUUUAAAAAUUCAUUGAUUCAUAAACAAAAAAAACUAUAUAAUGUUUAGCAUUUGUAAAAGAAAAAUCAUAACAGAAGACUACUUCUGGUUCUGAAAUAAAGUUUUUAUGGCAGAGUGGUGAGAAAGGAGCAAGCUGAAGGUGCCAAUAAUCUCACAAUUUUCAGGUAGUCUUUUUGAUUUAAUUCAUUAAACCUUAAAUUCAAGGCAUUGAGCUAGCUUGUGGGCAUACUGGAAGAAAAAGAAAAGAAUCCUUAACUACAAAGAAUUUACUUUGGGGGGCAGCUAGACUGCACAGUGGAUAGAGCACCAGCCCCGAAGUCAGGGGGAACUGAGUACAAAUCUGCUCUCAGACACUUAGCACUUCCUAGCUGUGUGACCCUGGGCAAGCCACUUAACCCCAAUUGCCUCAACAAAAAAAAAAUUUUUUUUUUUUACUUUGCCCUGAGAAAGACAUAUACAGUAAUCGUCAACAGAGGUAAGGUUUGGUUUAAUGCCUACCACACAAUAGGUGCUUCUUUUCAAUCUUUCCUCCUCUGCUGAAUGCUUUUUCUCCUGUCCACAAAAAUCCUCACUUGAUCAUCCACCCAUAUUGUCAUUCUAUAUUUCUUCUGCUGUUUAUAACUAAACUCCUCCAGAAAGUAUUCUACAAACUGCAUCUCCAUUUCCUCUUCUCUCUCUCUCUUCUUAACUAUGGUUUUUCUCAUCAUUUUUUAGCUGAAACUCUCCGAUGUUACCCGUGAUCUCUUAAUUGCCAAUUCUGAUAAUCUUUUUUCAGACUUUAUCCUUCUUGACUUUUGCUGCAGCCUUUGAUACUUUCAAUCAUCUUCUUGACAAUAUUCUCUUCUCUAGGUUUUUUGGGACACCACUCUCUUCUUGUUCUCUUCCUGCCUUUCCACCUGUUCCUACAUUCCUUCAUCCAGAUCAUACCUGUAAGCCAUCUAUAUCCCAUACCCAUGGGCUUUUUUAUCUUGGAUUCUCUUCUCUUUUCUCUCUGUAUUUCUGUACUUGGUGAUUCUACUAACUUCAAUGGACUCAGUUGGUAUGUCUCUGCAAAUGAUUCUCAAAUUUGCUUAUCCAUUCUCACAUUUCCAAAUGCCUAUUAGACAUCUUAAACUGGAUGCCCAACAGAGAAAAGAGGGGAAAGAAAGGGGGAAAGGGAGGGGUUGGCAGAAGGAAAGGGAGGGAAAGAGAGAGAGAGAGAGAGAGAGAAUUUUAAGGUUGUUUUUUGUCCUUAAUUCUCAAAGAGGACCUUAACAUCAGAGAGAAGAUGCCAUGACAUACAAGUAAAUUGGAUUUAACUGAGAGAGAGCUGUGCAGUUACCACUCCACUUUCUCCUUUGGAGUCAUAUGAGUCUAGUGAUAAGAUAAAGAUCAGGAUGACUGGAAAAUGUCUUCAGAAGAGAUAGUGCAGAUAAACAGUGAGUUUGACUCUUACCAAGAAGCAUAAAGAUUUAGGAAACUGAAAGGCUCUAUUAGUGUUCUCAGUAUUUCCCUUGUUUUGAAGGUAACUUUCUGAGAAGUGCCUUGAUUAUAGUCAUCAAACUAGUAAAGGCUUAGGACUAGGUUUCUUGACUCCAAAUCCAGCAUUCUACCUAAUCUGUCUACCAACCAGCUUUGGGAACUCUCUUGGAAAGCCUUAAAAGAGGUUAUAAAUUUAGCCUUAGAAGGUACCUUAGGCUUUAAUUUCCAACUUACGGAAUGCAAACAAUACAUAUGGAAAUUUUUAUCUUUUGCCAUUUUAACCUUGUAGAACUUUAGCUAAAUAAUAAUUAGACAGAACUACAGUUUUUAUAAUCUUUACUAAAUAUAAAUAAUGAAAGCACCACAAUUUAUUUACCUUCAGAAACUAAAGCCAAAAAAAAAAAAAAUAGAUAUAAUAUAUAAAAAAAAAAAAAAUUACUGUUUAUCCAGGAUUCAACUAGGUUAAAUAGAAAAAAAAAACAUUUAAAUGACAAUCCUUACCCCCCCCCCCCAGUAUUUCCUUUUAAGGUUUUAGUUUCUAAAGGUAGACAUUAAUGACUCACGAAAUUCAUUUAAACAGAAUAAGGAUUCAAUAAUGAAGUAUCAUUAUCCCCAUGCGUAUGCACAUUAAACUUGCAGUCUUCAAAAUGUUAACAUUUUACAUGUUGACUAAUUUCAAGAUUUCAUUAUGGCACUAUAUAUUCAACCAGACAGUCAAAUUUCCAAGUUCCCUAUUUUAUAAUUAAACUGCUGGCUCAUCCCUCAAUAGUGAAAACAGUGAUAUUAUGGCAAGAAUAGAAAAUUUUGAUGUAUUAAUAUGUUUCAGAGAGCUGAUGUUCAUGGCAUUUUUAAAUCUGGCUUUAAAAUUUGCUAUUGAAAACUAAUAUUCUGUGUAUAAUAUUAUGUUGAUGCUCUUGAAUUCAUUUUGAUUCUAUAAUUCUUAAACAAAAAAGUUUGGUUUCAUUUGCUUAUACAAUUAUAUAAGUUUGAAUAAUGAGUUCUGUGAAGUGGACAUACUUAUUAGAGUUUGCACUAUUCAAAGUUAAAAUUAUUGGUUCUAACUAACUCAUGGGAUUCUUUUUUUGCAUUAAUUAGGGCCUGGCUAUGCUCUUCCACAUAUUUGUCUUCAGCCUUUGGGUAUCAAGUCUCUUUUAUUUUUCUAUAUCAGACCCUAUUUCUCUGACAUAGGAAGCUGCUGGGAGAUACUUCCUCUUCCAAUAAAGAACUGUGGCUUUUCUGCAACUUAGUUUUAGAGUUGCCUGGAGCAUUGAGAAAAUAAGUGACUUACUUGCUCAGAAAAAGAACUUCAGUGGAAAUCCCCAUUCUACUUCAUCCAAGGAGCAGAUCCACAAUUUGGACUUAUGAAAGCCUGGGCACUUGGUGACUGUGAUAAUUGUGGUGAUGAAUGGGAAGAGGAGAUCAGAUUAACAGAACAAGCUGUUCAAGCUAUUAACAAGCUCAACCCCAAGCCUAAAUUCUUUGUUCUGUGUGGUGACCUCAUACAUGCUUUGCCCGGAACUCGAUGGAGAGCAAAUCAAACAAAGGAUUUAAAGAAAGUUCUUAAGGACAUUGACAAAGAAAUCCCAUUGGUAUUUGUGAGUGGAAACCAUGACAUUGGUAAUGUUCCUACAUCAGAAGCUAUAGAUGAGUAUUGCCAGACUUGGGGAGAUGACUAUUUCAGCUUCUGGGUUGGAGGAGUGCUUUUUCUUGUCCUUAAUUCACAACUAUAUGUUGAUUCCUCUAAGUGCCUCAACUUAAAACAGGCCCAAGACAAAUGGCUUGACACCCAGCUAGCUAUGGCAAAAGAGAAGAUGUGCAAGCAUGCUAUUGUAUUCCAGCACAUUCCUCUUUUCCUCAAAAAUGCUGAUGAAGAAGAUGAUUACUUCAACAUAAAUAAGCCAGUACGCCUAGAGUUAAUGAACAAGUUCACCAAUGCAGGCAUUAAGGCUGUAUUCUCUGGACACUAUCAUAGGAAUGCUGGUGGAUUCUACAACAACCUCGACAUGGUGGUAUCAUCUGCAAUUGGCUGCCAAUUAGGUGAAGAUACCCACGGACUCCGAGUUGUGGUGGUCACAGCUGAGAAAAUUGUGCAUCGCUACUACAGCUUAAAUAAACUAAGUAAUGAAGGAAUAGAGAAAGAUCUGAUGGAUAUGAUUAAGCAAGAAUAACAACUUUUCUUUAAGUGCCACUCAUUUUGCACUUAAAUACUUUGUUUUUGCACUAAACAGUAUUUCGAAGGAAUACUUCACUAAAGUAGAGUAGCAGAGCCUUGAAGGUUUAUGAUUUGGAAACACCUGUGCAUAAAAGUUAGCAUUAUUCUCUCCUAAAUAAAAAAAAAUGAAAGGCUUUCCUCUUUAUGGAAGAAAAUUCAAUGAAUGAUCAUUAUGAUUAGAAUCCCUCUUGCUUGCUGUAUGAAGAAAUUAUUCUGAGGAUAUGUUUAUUGAGUCUUUUAUGAUAGCGUAUUGUCAAUGAUUUCCCAUUGUCUUUAAUUCCAAUUCAGAUCUAAUCUUUGAAAACACCUCAGUCAGACUACAGAAAGAAAUCAGAGGAAAAUUAUUUUUAGGAAAAAAAAGUGUUACUUGUGUACUACCAUUUUCCACAUUGAUUACUUGUACUUGUUAAUUGUUUGAAUUUCUGUUGGCAAAAUGAUGUGUAUUAUUCAGGAUAAGCAAUUUUUUAUAUAGGGAAGUUUCCAAAUAUAUGAACUAAAAUUCCUGAUCCAUGUGUUAAUUUCCUCCAUUUAUUCCAUUCUUCUAUUAUUAUUGAUUAUCUGAUUACUCUGGUACUGAAAGGCAACCUCAGAUUGCCACUAAAAGUUACUGUCAAGGCCAUUAGAUAGUGCAAUGGAUAGAAUACUGACCAAGUAAAUCCAAGCUUCAGCACCUGGGUUAGAAAUCGAAUUCAAGUAUAUGUUUGUUCUAGGACCCAAAAAGCAAUUAUUGGGAAGCCCCCUUACUAUUUUAUGGUAUGACAGCUCUUUGGGAAACUGUAAUAAUGAAAAUAAGUCCCCUGUUCACUCUCUUUAUCUAGGGAAGAAGACAUUAUUAGUUAAACUGAGAUUGAAAAAUCAUUCUGAAGCAUUUGGCCAUGGGACAAAAUUCUCCUUUCAGUCAGUACUUUAUAGAAUCAAACUCCACUCAGUAUUCUAAAACUUCAGACUAUAUUCUGUUCUCUAGCAAAUCUGACCUACUGUCUUGAACACUCAUGUACUUCCUAUACUUUCCUGUUUCUCCAAUUUUGCCUAUGUUCCUUCCUCUUAGAAUACCUUUUCCCCAUACCUCUACCUAUCUUGAGCACUGUCACGAAGCAAAAUUAAUUUUAAUUUAAAUAUAAACAUGUCACACAAUAUUUUUAUUUGGUGGGGGAAGAAGGACAUAGUAGUGCCAAAAAAUUAUUUUUAAUACAAUUGUAACAUGUUGAAAUUCCAGAAUUUGUGGAAUAAAUUAUUUAUCUUAAUGUUGUCUUCUGGACAAUAAUGUCACUAUGAUAAUAUUAUAGAGACCUGAAAAUAUCAUCUUCUAAAGGUAUUUCAUUGGCAUUAAAAAGUAGAUAGAAAAUAGUCACGUUAAGAUUUUACUUUAAUUUUUUCAAUUAUAGGAUUACCCACUUUUGAGAGAAAGUAGGUUAAGAGGAAAAGUGUUGACUUCAAGCGUAAAUAUUAUGACAAUUUUGGAAAAAAUACAUUAUUUUUCAUAGAAAGAUGCCUAGUUACAAAUCAUAUGUAAUUGGAUUUAGACAUAAACACAAAUACACAUACACACUUUUUAUCUAACUUUGUUCAGACCUGAGAUUUCAUUAGCAUGGGAAAUUUCUGAUUUGGAAAUUUACAACAAUGUAAAACAAUCUUUACAACAAUGUAGAUCAGCAAUAUAUCUAAAAAUUAUUGCCUUGAAAACCUAAGUAAUCAGUUACUUGUGGUUCAUAACAUAGUAGAUAUGACUUGCUGAAUUUCAGCAUAUUGUACCUUUUUAUUGUUUGUCUGGAGAACUGAGUGACUAAACUGCUUACUCUCAGUCACAUAACUCAUGUGUAUCAGGCAAGACAGGAACUCAAUUAUUCCAAAGCUAGUAGUCCUUUAUUUAAUUCAUAGUGUUGUCUCCCUUAUGUAGACACAUAUAUGUAGUGUAAGCUGUAUUGCUUCUAUAAAAAUUUAUGGUAAAGGCAACAGGAAUACUGUCACAUUUAUCUGUCUUAUUCCAUAAGUAGUAAUAAAAUCUGAUUGUUUUAAAGUAUAGAUAUUUUAUUGAAUUUUUAAAAAAUUAUUUAGAAAUAAAAUACACUGCAUCUUUGUAAAACAUACUAUUUUUCAAUUAACAUUUUAAAUUUUACUUGCAUUAGAAGAAAUCCUUUGUUACCUAUUUUUAUUCAUACUUUCAUUUGACAUGUAUUAACCUACUAUGUAUAAUACAUAUAAUCUUAAAAAAUGCUACCUUAUGACAUCAUAGAUGCGCUUGGCAUUCUUUUUAUGUUUUGUAGAAAUUAAGAAAAUAUCAUUUUUUUAGAUCUAUUUUCUUACAAUAAAGAUUUUUGUCAUCUUGCUAAAAGUCUUUUAAAAGAAUGAAUUCUCUUUUCCCAUUGAUGGAUUUUUGUUUUCUUUAGUCCAGAUGGCAUAGUUGUUGGUUUUUAAAGUUUUUGCUUCAAGGCUUAAUCUGGAUAGGUAAAAUUAAUAGCAUAUAAUCAAAACUUUCACAUGUAAUCCUACUAUAAUAUUUGAAUAGUAAACAGUGAUUAUUUUGAUGAAGCACAUUCAUUUUCAUACAUAGCAAUGUUAUUUUCACAAAAAGUAAAAUAAAGAAUACCAAAACUUGUAAACUUGAA